CGACAUCGCGGGCGGCGGCUCAGAAAGAAGAAGAAGAAGGAGGAGAAGGAGGAGAGCAGCGGAGGAGGGUGGGAGUGAGUUGGUUUUUCCUCCUCCCUCCCACCCCACGCGAGUUCUCAGCCAUGAAUCCCAAUUGUGCGCGCUGCGGGAAGAUCGUGUAUCCCACGGAGAAGGUGAACUGCUUGGAUAAGUUCUGGCACAAAGCAUGUUUCCACUGCGAGACCUGCAAGAUGACCCUGAACAUGAAGAACUACAAGGGCUACGAGAAGAAGCCGUAUUGCAACGCACACUACCCGAAGCAAUCCUUCACCAUGGUGGCAGAUACCCCCGAGAACCUGCGCCUAAAGCAGCAGAGCGAGCUCCAGAGCCAGAUUCGCUACAAGGAGGAGUUUGAGAAGAACAAGGGCAAAGGGUUCAGCGUGGUGGCCGACACCCCGGAGCUGCAGAGGAUCAAAAAGACUCAGGAUCAGAUCAGCAACAUCAAAUACCACGAAGAGUUCGAGCGGAGCAGGAUGGGCCCGAGCCCCAGCGAGGGCUCGGAGCCGGAGCGCCGGAAUUCCCAGGAGAGCUCCGGUUACCGGAGACCCGCCGAGCAGCAGCACCAGCAGCCGUCCCACCACGUCCAGCCCACCAACCCAGGGUACCAGCAGCAGCCGCUGCCAUCCCAACCCUACGGAUACAAGGAGCCGGCGGCACCGGCGUCCACGCAGCGCAACGCCCCAUCUGCAGGGGGGAAGCGUUUCCGCGCCGUCUACGACUACAACGCGGCGGACGAGGACGAGGUGUCCUUCCAGGACGGCGACACCAUCAUCAACGUGCAGCAGAUCGACGACGGGUGGAUGUACGGCACCGUGGAGCGCACGGGGGACACGGGCAUGCUCCCGGCCAACUACGUGGAGGCCAUCUGAGCCCGGGGGGGGAGGGGGCCCAGCCCAGCCCCCAGCCCGGGGCUGUCCCCCCCUCUCUCUCUGUGUGUGUGUGUGUGGGGUGUGUGUGUGUGAGUCCCUCUGCCCCAGCCUCCCCUCUCCGCGUGCUCCGGUGCCUCCGGACUGUCCCGGCUCCCGCGUCUGUGUCCGGCUCCUCCCGCCCGUUUGGCUCCGCUGUGGAGGGACUGCUCCCCCUCCUCUGUUGAGGAGGGACUGUGUGCAGGGGGGGCACAGCUCCUCUGCUCCCUGGGGCUCCCUCCUCUCCAGCCCCCCCAGGGGGGUUCCGGCCAUUCCUGGCCAGGGGGAGCAGCCGGAGUUGCCGGGAUCCCGGAAAAGAGAGGGGGACACCAUGUUAGGACCAAAUUCCCCCCGCCCUGGCAGGGCUGGGCAGAGGUGCCCGUGUGGCUGAGCUGAGGGUGCCCUGGGCUGCAGGGAUGGGCUGGAAGCCUCCACCUGCUCCUCCAAAGUCUUUGUCCUGGGGAUCCUGGGGUGCUCUGGGCAGCCCUGGAGGUGGCUCUGGAGGUUCCUGCCUUUGGUUCCAGCUGCCCCAUUCCAUCUUCCCGAUCCCCCCGGGCCGAGCUGGGCCAAGGAGCAGCCGUGGGGUUGCUCUGGCUCCAGGGCUGGAGAUGGGCUGAGCACCCCUGCAGCUCCAGCUCCCCCUGCCCGUGCUCAGGGUGUCCCCUGGAAGCCCCUUCCUCGCAGCACUGGCUGAUUCACCCAGGAUUUUCCUGCUUUUCUCUUGCUGCUGCUGCUGCUGCCGGGUUUUUGGGACCCUCCUGAGCCCUCCACGUGCUGGGAGGUUGGUGUGGGGGCCAGCAGGAUCAGCCCCCAUCCCUGUGCCUCCCCUGAGCCGGGUGUGAAGGAUCCUCCCCCUCUGGGUGAGUGUCCCCCUGCAGCACCCUGAGCCACCCUGCACCCAGUGACAGGGGCAGCUUUUGGGACCACCACUGGCUUGGAACCGUGUCAUGGACCAAAAUCUCAAGGCACAUCCCUGUCCCCUCCUCCUCUGGGCUCCCAAAGUCCUGGAGCAGGUCAGGGUUGGUCUAACUGGAAGCCUGUGUGAGGUGGGAGGGGUGGGAUGCUCCUCUGCCGGCUCACAGCAGCAGGACAAGGGGACAGUGGUGUCCCUUUGUCCACCUUUGCUAUUCCCAAAGGGAAAGAGGGAAUACAGGGACCAAAGGGGCCGAGCUGAGACAUUCCCUGCUCCUGUCUGGGGACAUCCCCUGCCUCCUGCUUGCAGUGCCCUUCCCCAGAGCACGGGGGCUGCAGGGCUGGCUCAGGGAUGGUGCUGGGAUUGGGAUAACUGGGAUCGGGGAGCAAGGAGGGGGUCCCUGGCCAGGCAGAGACCCCCUGGGAGGGCCUGAGCCAGGGAAAAGGGGAGUGUUGUGCUCCUGGCUCCUUCCCCAGCCGGCUGCAGUGGGAUGGGGGAGAGGGCCAGGGAUUUUUGGGCCCCCAGCAGGGGCUGUCUGGGAUUUUGGUGCUAAAACAAGAGAGCACAAGAGCAGGGAGGGGGCAGCCGGGCAGGGGGACCCAAAUCCCCCCGCCAAUCCUCUUCUUGAUCACCUUCUUGUCUGGGAAUGGGGGGGAGGGGGGAGUAUCAAUGUGAAUAAACUGGUUUUUAAUGGACCAAAUAACACAGGCAAUUCCAUUUUGGGAUAGAGACCUUUUUUUAAUGCUACCUUGAGACCAUUGUCCCUAAUCCUCCCCUUUCCCCUGCCCUUCCCUUCUCCCCUGCCGAGGGAAACAAACCUCUUACUGCUUCAUUUCUGCCUUUUCUCUCAACUUAUGCACUUUUUUGCCUUUUUUUCAUAGCCGAAAAGCACCUAAACCUGUAUUUAAAAAUAAAUGAAUAAAUAAAAUAGUACACAAAAAAAAAAAAAAAAAGAAAAAAAAAAGAAAAGAAAGGAAAGGAAAACGAACAUGAAAAGCUGAAUUGCUUCUCAUCACGUGUAAAAUAACCCUCGCCCAUCUCCAGCUUCCCCGGUUGCGUCUCAGUGCUGAGCUUAGAACGUGUUUUCUUCGGGAUCCGUCGCUUGGUUGGGGUUUGUCCUUGUGUCCUCCUUCCCCGUGGGCUUGAGCACCCACCAGUAAAACAUGGGAUUUGGCCUUUUUUUGUCCCAAAAGCAUCGAGUGGAACAAUCCAACCCCGUCCUCUUCCCGGUUUACUCGGAUGAAAAAUAAAAGUCUAAUUUUUACCUGCUGA